UUCAGUGUGGACGCCUCCUGCCUGCUGGAACUGCUUGGUGUCUUUCUGGUGUCCAUUAACCAAACCGGCUCGGAGACAUUUUUCUUUUCUUUUUUUUUUCUUUUCUAUUAUUUUUUUGUGUAACCUGGUCGAUGGCGGAGAUGGAGACUUCUGCAAGCUCACACAAGAAGCAGAAACUGAGCAACGCGCUUCAGAACUGGGGCAUGCAGCGAGCUACUAACGUCACCUAUCAAGCUCAUCACGUGAGCCGAAACAAACGUGGGCAAGCCGUCGGGACGAGAGGAGGCUUCCGGGGAUGCACCGUAUGGCUUACAGGCCUUUCAGGAGCAGGCAAGACGACGGUGAGCAUGGCACUAGAGGAGCACCUGGUGUGUCACGGGAUCCCCUGCUAUACUCUGGAUGGUGACAAUAUCAGACAGGGCCUGAACAAAAACCUGGGUUUCAGCCCCGAAGAUCGAGAGGAGAACAUCCGGCGUAUCGCUGAGGUGGCCAAGCUGUUCGCCGACGCCGGGCUCGUGUGCAUCGCCAGCUUCAUCUCACCAUACAGCAGGGACCGCCUGAAUGCGAGGAAGAUCCACGAAGCAGCAGGCCUCCCGUUCUUUGAAGUUUUUGUGGAUGCACCGCUGGAUGUGUGCGAGCAAAGAGACGUGAAGGGUUUAUACAAGAGAGCCAGAGCUGGAGAGAUCAGAGGGUUCACAGGAAUCGACUCCGAGUACGAGAAGCCCGAGGCUCCCGAGCUGGUGCUGAAAACCGACUCCUGCAGCGUAAACGAAAGUAUCCAACAGCUGCUCGAUCUUCUGCAGGAGAGAGACAUUGUACCUGUAGACGCUUCUUAUGAGGUGAAAGAGCUUUACGUGCCUGAGAACAAGCUGGACUUGGCCAAGGCUGAUGCAGAGACUCUUCCUGCCGUUGAGAUUGGAAUGGUGGACAUGCAGUGGGUCCAGGUGCUGGCUGAGGGCUGGGCCACUCCGCUCAACGGCUUCAUGAGAGAGAGGGAGUACCUGCAGUGCCUUCAUUUCGACUGCCUGCUCGACGGAGGAGUUAUUAACUUGUCCGUGCCGGUGGUCCUGCCCGUCUCGAGCGUAGACAAGGAGCGUCUAGACGGCUGCACGGCACUGGCGCUGGUCUACUGCGGCCGCCGCGUUGCCAUCCUGCGCAACCCCGAGUUCUACGAGCACCGCAAGGAGGAGCGAUGUGCGCGCCAGUGGGGAACCACCUGCAGGGACCACCCCUAUAUCAAGAUGGUCAUGGAGAGUGGCGACUGGCUUGUGGGAGGAGAUCUGCAGGUGCUGGAUCGGAUCUACUGGAACGACGGCCUGGACACCUACCGCCUCACCCCCAAUGAACUCAAACAGAAGUUUAAAGAACUGAACGCAGAUGCAGUAUUUGCCUUCCAGCUGAGGAACCCAGUCCAUAACGGCCACGCGUUGCUGAUGCAGGACACACGCAGACGCCUGAUGGAUCGCGGCUAUCGAAGGCCCGUGUUGCUCCUGCACCCGCUGGGCGGCUGGACCAAAGACGACGACGUGCCGCUGCCGUGGCGCAUGAGGCAGCAUGCGGCCGUGCUGGAGGAGGGCCUUCUAGACCCCGACUCCACCGUAGUGGCCAUCUUCCCCUCGCCCAUGAUGUACGCUGGACCCACCGAGGUGCAGUGGCACUGCAGAGCCCGAAUGGUAGCCGGUGCCAACUUCUAUAUCGUAGGCCGAGACCCAGCUGGCAUGCCUCACCCACACACAGGCAAGGACCUGUACGACCCUUCUCACGGCGCCAAGGUCCUCACGAUGGCACCCGGCCUCAUCUCUCUGGAAAUUGUGCCUUUCAGAGUGGCGGCCUACAACAAAGUCAAGAAGGCCAUGGACUUUUAUGACUCCAAAAACCACCAGGACUACGACUUCAUUUCAGGCACGCGCAUGAGGAAGAUGGCACGCGAGGGCGAGAACCCGCCGGACGGCUUCAUGGCCCCGAAAGCUUGGACUGUUCUCAAGGAGUACUAUAAAUCCCUGGAGAAGGCAUAAAUCAGGAGCUGGAUGAAGAGAGAGCGGAGGGCUGACCCUCGAGUCUGUUACAGUCUAAAGAAAGAGAAAGUGUGUGUAAGGGUCAAACACAGGGACCACUCAAACCUGUUCAGCUGUGCAUAAGUAGGUGAUGUUUUGAGUAGUAUCUUGUUGCUUACAAAACACUUUUCUUUUUUUUAAAAUUAGUUACUGUCUUUUCUUUCUUUCUCUUAUUUAAAAAAAAAAAAUUUCAUUUCGUUUAAUUUUUUCAUUUUUUACGCUUAACUUAUGGAAACAGGUCGCAUUUUAAAACCCUUUUUUAAAUGUUUUGCCAGAAGAGGAAAAAAAAAGAAUAUCGAGCUGUUAUACGGUUAUAACAGGAUAAGGAUCCGAUCAUAAAAUGUAAAAGUUACACCACAAAAAACUUUAUUUAUUGUGUAAAUUUAAAUCCCAGAUUUCCCAAUCUGUCUGUAUAAGAUCAUGGAUUAAUCUGCCAGUUUGCCUUAAUAUAAUGUAAUAUUUCCUGAAGUAGGGAUGCAUCGCAAUUCACAGCAGCUCACAGCUAAUUUUAAUGACCGGAUUCGCCCCGCUGAUCGGGUCGUCUUUUAUUGUAUUAAAACCAAGUAAUACCGUUUAAACACCA